GGCUGACUAAGGCAUUUUUCCUUCCUCUCUCUCCCUUUCUCUCCUCUCCCUCCCUAUUAGCUGAGGACACAACUGCAGCUGCAAACUCAGCAACAAGAGCCGCGGUUCAGUCAUGUUUGGGUUCCUCUUGCCCCUCAUACUCUUCCUCCUGCCACUGACACUGUCUGUGCCCCAGCCACCCUGCAGCCGCUGUUGUGAUGACCUCCCACCAGCAGAGGGCCCCAUGCGGACUGUGCCUGAAGUUCACACAUACAUCAACAUGACUAUCCUUAAAGGUGAUAAAGGUGACAAGGGUGAUAAGGGGACUCCAGGUAAACCCGGUUUAGAAGGUCCUCCAGGACCCCGGGGCCAUGAGGGCCCCAAAGGCUCAAAGGGCCAAGCUGGAGCUCCAGGUGACCCCUGCAAGUCAGAGCACUCAGCGUUUUCGGUGGGGCGUCGUAAGGCCCUCCACAGUGCCGACUAUUACCAGGCCCUUCUUUUUGACACCGUCUUCACCAACAUUCCGGAACACUUCGACAUGUUCACCGGAAAGUUCCGCUGCCGCGUGCCCGGCGUCUACUUCUUCAACGUGAACAUCCACACAUGGAACUUCAAGGAGACCUACCUGCACAUCAUGCAGAACGAGGAAGCCCAGGCUAUUAUUUAUGCUCAGCCUAGUGACCGCUCCAUCAUGCAGAGCCAGAGCAUCCUGCUUCCCCUCAGACUGGGAGAUGAGGUGUGGGUGCGGCUUUACAAACGUGAGCGUGAAAACGCCAUAUACAGUGAUGAUGUUGAUGUCUACAUCACCUUCAACGGAUACCUCAUCAAAUCUAGUUCAGAAUGAUAGGCCACUGCUUAGAGGAAUGAGUAGUGUUAAACAAGUUGGUGGAAAAAAAAUCUAAAAAAAAUUCUA